GAAGAAUACGAUAAACUCACCCCCGAAGAGAGGGAAGCGAAAGAUAAAGAGGAUCGCGAACGCGAAGCUCAAGAGCAGGCCCAACUGCCAUAUACCUGGAAGCAGGAGCUUGGUGAACUGGACAUAGUGAUUCCCGUACCAAAAGGGACACGCGGCAAAAGCCUCAAUGUUUAUAUCGGAAAGAAGAAACUCACGGUCGGCCUCAAAGGCCAAGAACCGAUUAUGGAUGGAGAGUUGUGCAAGGAGAUUAAGAUCGAGGAUAGUACUUGGACCCUCCAGGAUCAGGAAGAAGUGCAUAUCCAUCUCGAGAAGUUGAACAAACAGCAAUGGUGGGAGAACGUCCUUACCCACCAUCCGAAGAUCGACACUACGAAGAUCCAACCGGAGAACAGCAAGUUGAGCGACCUGGACGGCGACACGAGGGCUAUGGUCGAGAAGAUGAUGUUUGAUCAACAACAGAAGCAAAUGGGAAAACCCACUUCUGAUGAGCUGAAAAAGAUGGAGGCAUUGGAGAAGUUCAAAGCAGCUCAUCCAGAGCUCGAUUUCUCUAACGCGAAGAUAUCGUGA